GUUUUAGAACUUGUGAAACGCAUCAUUUCCACGCGCUCAGGAUAUGACAAGUUUGACUGAAUAGAUAUUGAAAAGCUUCAGUAUCGUAGAUAAUCAUAUUUUGGUAUUGCUUCUGCAUUUUUUAACAGUUUUCAAUUGUCAAUUGUAUGGAAUUGGGUGACAGAAAUUUUCGACAUUUUGAGAAAGAAGUUGGACAACCUUUUGUCUGGACUCAAUGAUAAAACAGAAAAUGCAUUUUGUUCAUGCCAGGCGUUUUAUGAUACUUCAAACGCGAGAUGCAUUUUAUAAAAUCGAAAAAAUGGUCAACCGUGAAAAGUGCACAGCAUACAUGAGCUUGUCAUUAUUUUUAAGCAUUCUAUUUAUCAUAUUUGUCUCCCGGAUUCAUGCCGCCAGCAAAGAUACAACAACGUUUCCUUCUGAUUCACAGUUUACCGGUACUGGUGAAUGUGGACAAUUUCCUUGCAUGGGGAAGACAAUGUGUGAUGAUAUUUAUGAUGGAUUUCUUAAAAUUGACAAGACAACACCGCCAUGGAAAUAUAAAUCAUGGACAAUAUUUCGCGGAGUUCUUGUCAACAGGCAUCUUGAAUUUAGACGAAAGAAUUGUACGAUACGUUUGCUCGAGUCUGAAUCAGUAAAAUACGACACCAAUAAUAUGGGCAUAGGAGGAAGCUUAGGUGCAUUUCGAACAACAGUUUGUCAAAAUUUAUUGGGAGAAAACAAGUGUAGAAUUAAUGAUACAAUUCAUGAUUGGCCAAUACUUAAAAGGAUACUCCGUUCAAAAGGGAUCUUGAAGGCAGAAUUAAUACGAGAUUUUUCCCCUCCAUUAAAAUGUGCAACACAGAGACUGGUAAACCGCAUCGUUCGUAGAACUUCAUUCAAAAGAAAUGGACGAAUGACGUUACAGGACUUAACUUACGCUGAUAAAGCUUCGCUACUUUUUAAAUUGAGAUUUGCCACGGGUUCUUGGAUGCAGGAUGCAUUCCCAUCAAACGAAGGUUGGCCAUUUGGAUUAACAUACGGAACGUGUGGAAGAAUUGCAAUUCAUGCUGAAAUGGGUACUAUGACACUGGCGGAGGCACACAAUCUACCUUGGAAACUACGGUUAGAUUUGGCGGCUCAGCUGAUGGAAAUGGCGUUACAACUUUUACAUAGUGAUGAUAAAUAUUUGUUUUUAAUUGAUAAACUCUCACUCAACGAUUUUGUUAUUUCAAGAGAAGGAAAACUUAAAAUAAUAAAUUCCGAUGAUGUCACUGUGAUUGAUAUUGCUGAAAGUAAACCGAAUAACGAAGAUGUAAAUGAUGAUUGCAAAAAUGUACGACACGAUCUCAACAUAGUUUUUGUUUGUGGUAUAUUGUUUUCCAAAAACAACAGUAUUGGUCUUCUCCAUGACCCUGAGGAAUCCGUGGCUUUUGUAAGUCUGCUGACAGCAUUACUCGACGUUUGUUCGAACCGUUCGCCUAUGCCAGGAUCAAAGUCCUUUGCUGGUGAUAAUAUCGAUAUGGCCAAAAAUAUUAACAAACUGUUUUUGACUGUUCGUCCAUGUUCGGAAGAAGUUCCAUAUCGAUUUCCAGAAUGUCAAAGCAUGGAUGAAUCUGGUGAAAUAUAUCACAUUCCUUGGCAAGAAGUUGCCUAGAAUGACAACCAAAUUAUUGAAAACAUACUAUUUGUGUCAAAAUAAAGUAAGAAAGAGUCAGUUGUGAAA